AUGACUGGCGCAAGCCUCAUCCCCCUACCACUUGAGCUAUGGGGACUAAUAGCAGGCUACCUAUCGAAUGCCGAUCUCAAAUCCUUGCGCUUGACAUGUACCAAAAUCACCAACGCAGUCCCUCUUCGCAUCAACCGAGUUUUUCUUUCCGCCAAUCCACUUAACAUAGACGUCUUUCGCAAGAUUGCCUCACACGAGCAGUUUCGCCAUUUAGUGACCGAAGUGAUCUGGGAUGAAGCACGCUUGCCACGGGGUCCACCGCGAAUGAAUACAACUUCCGAGGGGCACGAAUUACUCUCCGACGAAGAUGAGCCCAACAACACCAGAGCGGGGACUGAAUUCUAUUACAAAGAGACGCUCAUGGGACAACACAAAGACGAAGAUCAGGUCGGUUGUCCCAAAUGGUUCAAAGACGACUGUGAUGAAAACCUCCGGGUUCUGAGGAGUCGGAAAGGAGCCGAUAUUGAUAGGCCCGAGCAUGUUGCAUGCAGGGAGCAGAUCAUCGCCCAGCCUCCGCUGAAGGAGUGCUGGCAACAUUAUCAGCAUUUGUUGAGCCAGCAAAAUGAGGUGCUUACCGAUGAUAGCGAUCUCGAAGCAUUCUUAUUUGGCGUGAAACAGUUCCCUGCUCUGAAAAGGGUCACUUUCACACCCGUGGCCCACGGGUUUAUCUUCAACCCGCUUUACCCGACUCCGAUGAUCCGCGCGUUUCCGAAAGGCUUCAAUUACCCCAUUCCAUACGGCUGGCUAUACGAUAGAAGUUACGAAAAAUCUGCUACUGCGUAUCCGUGGAACCAUAACCCUGAACUCAAAGGAAGAUACCGCGGAUUCUGCAAUGCAAUGCGUGUGCUCGCCAAUGAGCCAAAUUCCGUUUCUGAACUCGUGAUGACCUCCAACUUUGUCCCCACGGGAAUCAACUGCACAAUAUUCGACGAGCCCUGCGAAGAAUAUGACGACUUUGUGAAAGUGCUUAAAAACCCGGGCUUUCGCCGCCUGGACAUCUCACUUCUCGUUGGUGGAGAAGAUGAUCAGGAUCUCGAGCCAUGCUGGCGAUCUUUGCUCAAUGGUCGUUUGCGCAGCGCGCUUAGUGGUGCAACAGAAAUGGAGGAAUUCAGGCUACACACAACUUUCGAUGAGGAUAUUCAUGCCAAUGACCUUUAUCCACUGAUUCCUUUGAACGGCAUCGUUCCUGUGGAGAAAUGGCUGAAUCUACGCCACUUUGAGCUUUCCGGCUUUGUGAUCUCACAGGAUGAUUUCAUCUUAUUCUUCAGCACUUUGCCAACUUCCAUCAAAUCCAUUGAGCUUAGCAUGUUGGCAUUUCAUGAUUGGGCGGACUGGUAUAGCAUAAUUAACGAGAUUCGGCGAAUGGUAUCCGAGAGCACGCCGUGGAGAGACUUGAACGCCGCCUCCAGACCUAUUAUCACGAUCGGAAUGUCAGAUUCACUGAUGCCCGAAGAUUAUGGAAGGGCUACAUGGACUGAGAAGGAGGUACAGGAAUUUGUCUAUGGUGAUGGAGAAAAUCCCAUUAAGGAAUCAUUUCCCGUUCAAACCCCAGAGGGGAUUGGCAUUCUCAAAGAUGCAUUUGAUCCUAGUUUCGAACGCCCAAAUGUGAGCUGGAGUGAUUUAGAAAGGUUGAAAAUCCACAAAGAGCAUUGGAAUCCUUAUGAAUACUGA